GCUCGGCCGAGUUGAAGCGGCGGCGCCGGCCCGCGCGCCCCUUGGGGCCACCCCCGCACCCCGCUCGCCGGCGUCUGGCUCUCAUGAUGAUGAAGAAGAAGAAGUUUAAGUUUAAGGUGGACUUCGGGCUCGAGGAGCUCUCCUCGGUGCCCUUCGUCAACGGGGUCCUCUUCUGCAAGAUGCGGCUGCUGGACGGCGGCAGCUUCACCGCCGAGUCCCCCAGGGAGGUGGUGCAAGCAAACUGUGUUCACUGGAAAAAGAAGUUCUCAUUUAUGUGCAAAAUGAGUGCAAGUGCCGCCACAGGCAUCCUGGAUCCUUGUAUCUACAGAGUAUCUGUGAGGAAGGAAUUAAAAGGUGGAAAAGCUUAUGCAAAGCUGGGCUUUGCAGAUCUCAACCUGGCAGAGUUUGCUGGAUCAGGAAAUACCACUCGUCGCUGUUUACUGGAAGGCUACGAUACCAAAAAUACAAGACAGGAUAAUUCCAUUCUUAAAGUUUUGAUCAGCAUGCAACUGAUGUCUGGUGACCCAUGUUUUAAAACGCCUCCUUCUACAUCAAUGUCUAUACCGAUUGCUGGUGAAUCUGAAUCUCUGGAAGAAGAUAGAAAAGGUGGAGAGACUCUCAAAAUUCAUCUUGGGAUAGCAGAUCUCUCAGCAAAGAGUGCCUCUGUUCCUGAUGAACUUGGUGCCUGUGGACACUCUAGAACAUCAAGCUAUGCAAGCCAGCAGUCGAAAGUAUCAGGGUAUAGCUCCUGCCACUCCCGGUCAUCCAGUUUCUCUGAGCUCUGCCACAGAAGAAAUACCUCGGUGGGAAGUACAUCAACAGGAAUUGAAAGUAUUCUAGAGCCCUGUGAUGAACUUGAGCAAAAGAUAGCUGAGCCAAAUCUUGAUCCGGCUGAUAAAGAAGAUACAGCCUCAGAAACACUCAACAGAUGCCCAGUGAAACAAGAUUCUGUAGAAUCUCAGCUGAAGCGAGUGGAUGACACCAGAGUGGAUGCAGACGAUAUUGUGGAGAAAAUAUUACAAAGUCAAGACUUCAGCCUAGAUUCCAGUGCAGAAGAAGAAGGACUGAGGUUAUUUGUGGGUCCUGGAGGAAGUACAACUUUUGGCAGCCGUCAUCUUCCAAACAGGGUGGGAUCUGGAGCUUACGAACAAGUUGUGAUCAAACGCUAGAAGUCACGCUGCUGAACUGACGCUUCCCUGAGGGUGGAAGAGGUGGGCCGUUGAGCCGUCAAGGCACUUUAUUCAAGCUCUUAUGAGAAAAAGAACCUAUUUUAAAAAUGAAGCCUGUUCAUCUAUCAAGAGGAAAGCCAACACUGCUUUCUUAUCUGAAGGUGCCUGCCGUUCUCCUUUCUCACCCACCGACAGGGACGGUCGGGAAGGGUAGCAUCGGGGAAGGGUAGCAUCGGGGCGGUGUGCUGUGUGCUCGUAGGUCACGGCGUCUGUGGUCACUGCACAGAAUCAGGAAAAGCCUGCUUUUUCCUUCAGAACAGCCAGUGGGAAAAACAGUGCUACACAUCUGAGUAUCGUUUUAGUGUUGAAAUGUAAAACCUGUGAUAGAUGUACUCGACAGAUUCAAGCUCUAAGUAUUUAAUUUUGUAUUUGAGAGACAGUAAGUGAAACUAACGUAAGCCCUAUAAACUCUGCCAAGAAUAGUGAUCAUUUCUGUGAAGGAAGUCUUUCGUGUUAUGCUACCUACAGCAUUGUGCUAAGCUCAUUCACUCUUUUUGAUGCAAUAAUUGGUAUAAAAUGUGGGUGUUCGUGCUUUGGGAAAGUGUUAUGCUACAAUUUAAACAUGUAAAAUGCUUGAUUCUAAACGUAUCAGUCAUAAAUUGAAUAACAAGUGUGAGUUAUUUAAGUCUGAGAUACGUGAAUGGGUCUAAUGCCAUUAAUAUGCAGUAUGUGUCUUUGCUUGUUCCUGUUCGAUGAGCUGCAAAACCCCCGCUAGCACGAGGUAAGAGAUUGAAGAGAAGUUUAAGACUCAGUAUGUUAGGCUUUCAUAAGAUGCCCUAACAUAAGAGCUCUGUUAACUAGCAGCAUAAUAUCUUCCGGUUUCAGGAGUCAGAAUUUAGAACAGCAGGAGGAAAACUGUGAUAUGAUCAGAAACAGAGCCACCUUUUCUUUAAGUUCAGGCUUAUCUGAAGCUGAAAAUUAUUCCAAGGAGGCAAUGGAUAAAAGACAGGGGACAGCUGCUUGAUAUCACUGACAUGGAUCCUGGUUUUCUAUUUUUCACACACACACACCCCCCCCCCAGAUCAGAUAUAUGUUGUCUUCUUCAUUGCGUCAGAAAUUAUUGCAAGAAAAGAAUGUAACACACAUCAGACUGAGCUUUUGAAAUAGGAAUAUCUGAUCUGGAUCCAGCAGAGCAGAGAAACCUUAGGCAUUUUUCUGGUCUUACCUGACAGUUUCUGUGGGGAAAGAUCUCAGUUUUCCUGGAGUCACUUAGUCACGGAAGAAGAACGUUGCUUCUGUAAAUUACUUUCAAAGUCAGGUCCAAGAAAUGCAGUAUGUUAGAAUAGAAUUACUUUGCUCUAGUAUUUCCAUGUUGGCAAAAUAAGGGGGGAAAUACUAUUUUUUUAAGAAAAUUUAUUUUAAUAUCCAAAUUUAGAGGUUUAAAAAUGUUUUCAUAGUUCGUGUUAGGAUUUUUUUUAAAUAUUUCAAGCAUUGGGUAUUCCAAAAUAGUUCGAUACUACUUUUAUAGAUUCUAAGGUUUUUUAAAUAGAUAACACCCCAUUUUAGAAUAUUUUGAGUGUUGAGAGAUUUAAUUUUCUGAGUCGUUAAUUCUACUUCCUUACUUUUUAAGAUCGGUUUUGAAAAAUAUUGACCUGAACAUUUUAGUCUAACCAAGGAAGGUAUUAGCUUAAGUGGUCAAAGCUUGCUGUCUGCAAGGAGAAUUGAUCCAUUCAUUAUAUAUUAUGGGAAGAAAAAAAUCAAAGAAAGUUUUUAAUGGAGAUAUGAAAAUAUUGUUUAGAGAGAUAUUUAUUAUGACAUGUCUUAAAAACAUAUUUUUCUAUUUUCAAAGUAUUGUUUCUAGGCCAUAUGUUUUAUUGGCACUUCUGCAAAUGAUUUUGCAGUUUGGAAAGUGGUAAUAAAAACUAGAUUGUAAGUUAGGUUCAAUGAUAUGUAAAAGAUGCUGUGAUUAGCACUGCCCCCAUCUUACUCAUUCUUGGCCGCCCUUGGCCCAAUACCUUUAUUCAGGACUGGCUCUUGGUAUUUCAGGUGACAUAGAAUUAUUUUUAAAAAAUAAAGUGUGGAGAGAGUUUGAAAAGCAUAAAAAUCGUGCCUCUAUAAUUCGAGCAGCCACCAGAUACAUCUUGAUUAAUGGAGUAGUAAAUAUAGCAGAUAUUUUAGUAAGUAGAAACCGUAGGAAGAAAAAAGAUGACAGGGUCUCUGUAGUCAUUGAAAGGAGUAGGCGCUAUUAACAUCUUAACCAGGCAGCGAUUGAAAACAAUCUGCAUAUGAAAUUCAAAGUCCGAUUUUGAUUUCACUUUGAGUUUAGAAAAUCAAAUUUGAAAAAUUAAAUCCUAAUAAAUGUUCAACUUUUAAAUAUUAAAUAUUUUUCAUAUUAAAGUUGAAUUUGGGGGGCCACACCCGCAGCAUGCUCAAGUUGAAUUUUAAAUCACCCAGUCUUACAGAAUUUGCAGGUGUGUAACAUGUUCUAAUCUUAUCCAAGGUGUGUAACAUGUUCUAAUCUUAUCCAAGAGAAAAGAUUUGUGGUAUUUUCAAGUUACGUAUCUGUGAUCCGGUAAUGAGUGUUUUAAAUACCUUGUUUGAAGGAAUUUGCCGUGAGGGGUGGCAAAGGCAGAGAACGCCUGGGGCCAUUACUUUAUGCUCUGAGGGUCGACUCCCCUGUGCGAUGGUGGUGGUGAAGCCUUCCGUAUGCAGAGAGCGAAUUCGGAUUGGUACUUAACAGUAUGAGAAAGUCUUGACCAAGAGUCCUCAGGUCCACCAUCCCAUUCCAGCAAAAUGUUACCAGGGUAAUGAUGUCCAAACUAGGUUCUUCUGUAUGUGCUUUUCUGUUUCGUGAAUGAAAACCAUGAACUACAGGGGUCCACCACUUGGGCCAUUUGUUGUUAGAAGAGAGAAAAGAAAUCUCCUCCCAGCCUCCAGUCAAAACAUAUUCUGGUAUCGUGAGUUCUAAUAAACCAGAACGUCCAGAAGUAUAUUUAGAAUUUAAGAUUUCCAUGCUAUAGACCACUUUGCAAGUUCAAGCUGAUAGUUAUUAAAUACGUCACUGAAGCUCUCAGAGGCAUGAGGCUUCCAUUCUGUGUGAUAAUGCUUGGAAAGAGACUGGGUUUGUAUGAUGGGGUUGCAUUUUAUUUUAACAGCUCUUUCACUGGGGCAGUUCAGGAGUUUUACUCGUCCCUUCUCCUAGAUGGUACGUCAUGUUCAUAUAACCUAGUACUGUAGCUGAAACUGUUAUGCUGUUACCCAUGUAUUGGCUUAGGUACUGUACAUGGUCUUAAGAGCUGAGAUGUUAAAGUGUGUGACGUCUUGGAGUUCUCUGGCGGCACAGUGGGUUAAGGAGCCCACAUUGUCGCUGCAGUGGCUCGGGUCACUGCUGUGGCGUGGGCUCCAUCCCUGGCCCAGAAACUGUAUGCCGCGGGGCACGGCCAAAAAAAAAAAAAAAAGAAGUCUGCAAACAGAAAGGAUGAACUAUGCCUACCUUAACCUGCAUUAAGACUGCUUUGGAUAUAAAGGCCUUAUUCCCUUAUAUAUAUAUGUGACUUGUCAGAAGAUAAUAUAUAUACACAGUGUAUUUUAAGUAGCUGUGUGGGUGGUCUCGAGCCACUCUCCAUGCGACAGAACUGGUAACAUUUUCUGUUUACUUGGACAACAUACUCCACAUGUGCUCAUGUUUAGGCUCAGCUCACGUGUAUAACAAAGAAUUCUCUUGCUAAUAUUCAUUGGCCAAAUCUCAUAUAUAGGAAGACAUUUAGGGUAUGUUCGGUUGGGUUUUGGAAGUGCAUCUUAUUUGGCAGAUCACCUUCCUCUGACACCUCUAUUGGGUCCCCUGGCAGUGGAUACAAUUGUGCGUCAUCAUGUAAAUGUUUAUGGAAAAUUUGUUAUUGAAGUGAUUCCAUUAGUAUUCUCAUCUCUAAUACUGGGAAAAUGACCUUCAUGUUUAUAUAUUUCUUUGUUUUAACUGUCCAACUAUGAGUCCAGGAGAACAUUUUCCUUUUCUUUUUUACCAAAAUUAAUUUUUUAUUAUAAAAUAUUUGAGUAAUGUAAAGGUGAAUCUUAAGACAUGUUCAAUAAAAAUCCUAUCCUAAAAUUUA